GCCCGUGUGCGUCGCGACUGACGGAGGGUCAGCUGACACCUUCCAGGCCAGCAGGAGGAGGGAGCGGAAUUAGCGGCUGUGUGAACUAGGAGCCAACUGAAUCCUGAAAUUAAAUUCAGGGCCAAAAAGGGAGGCGAAAGACCGGCGGUGUGCGAGAGAGAACAGCGGUGGGGUUGAUUUCACCAUGGCCAGUUGGGAGUGAGGAGCAGCCAAGAUGAUUGGAGGACUGUUCAUCUACAACCACAAGGGGGAGGUCCUCAUCUCCCGAGUCUACCGUGAUGACAUAGGGCGUAACGCGGUCGAUGCGUUCCGCGUGAACGUGAUCCAUGCCCGGCAGCAGGUCCGAUCCCCGGUGACCAACAUCGCCCGCACCAGCUUCUUCCACGUAAAGCGCUCCAACAUCUGGCUGGCAGCUGUCACCAAGCAGAAUGUCAACGCCGCUAUGGUGUUCGAGUUCCUCUACAAGAUGUGCGACGUCAUGACAGCUUACUUUGGCAAGAUCAGCGAGGAGAACAUCAAGAACAACUUUGUGCUCAUCUACGAGCUGUUGGAUGAGAUCCUGGACUUUGGCUAUCCCCAGAAUUCUGAGACUGGAGCGCUGAAGACCUUCAUCACCCAGCAGGGCAUCAAGGGACAGCACCAGACAAAGGAGGAGCAGUCUCAGAUCACCAGCCAGGUGACAGGACAGAUCGGCUGGCGUCGCGAGGGCAUCAAGUAUCGCCGCAACGAGCUCUUCCUGGACGUGCUCGAGAGUGUCAACCUGCUCAUGUCCCCGCAAGGCCAGGUGCUGAGUGCUCAUGUCUCAGGCCGGGUGGUGAUGAAGAGCUACCUGAGUGGAAUGCCUGAGUGUAAAUUCGGCAUGAACGACAAGAUUGUCAUCGACAAGCAGGGCAAGGGAGGAGCAUCUGAUGACGCCGGGAAGAGUGAUUUAGGGGGAGGAAGUGGAAAGCAGUCCAUAGCCAUCGACGACUGCACUUUCCACCAGUGUGUGCGUCUCAGUAAGUUUGACUCGGAGCGUAGCAUCAGUUUCAUCCCCCCUGAUGGAGAGUAUGAGCUCAUGAGGUAUCGCACCACUAAGGACAUCAUCCUGCCCUUCCGAGUCAUUCCCCUGGUCAGGGAGGUGGGCCGCACCAAGCUAGAGGUCAAAGUGGUCAUCAAGUCCAACUUCAAACCCUCGCUGCUGGCCCAGAAGAUUGAGGUGCGUAUCCCCACGCCUCUUAACACCAGCGGCGUGCAGGUGAUCUGUAUGAAGGGAAAAGCAAAGUACAAGGCCAGUGAGAACGCCAUCGUCUGGAAGAUCAAGCGCAUGGCAGGGAUGAAGGAGUCUCAGAUCAGUGCUGAGAUUGAGCUGCUGCCGACCAACGAUAAGAAGAAAUGGGCCAGACCCCCCAUCUCCAUGAACUUUGAGGUUCCUUUCGCUCCCUCCGGCCUGAAGGUGCGCUACUUGAAGGUGUUUGAGUCCAAGCUCAACUACAGUGACCACGAUGUCAUCAAAUGGGUGCGGUACAUCGGCCGUUCUGGCAUCUACGAAACCCGCUGCUAAAGUUUAGCCCCACCCACCCAGGCAGCGAGCUGACCACUUCUUCCCAUUUAUCCCUUUCCUCCAACACAUUACUACCUUUUUUCUUCUGCCCGUCCCUUUUGUCUCUUCUCCUUCCACCCUUGUGCCCCUCUCAUAAAAUCCCCCCCCCUUAACUAGGUGUUGGAGAUUGAAUUUACAUCAUAAAAAGAAAAUAUGGUAUAACGCACAGAUAUAUGCAAAAUGUGACCCAUUGUAUCGUAUAUCUCGUAGUGAUGAGUAAACCUGUAAACCAACUGGUGUCAGAAAGAUUGAGACACAUGACACAUGGAGACCUGGGGGGAGAAGACUGUAGGCACCUUGGUGUUUUUAGGGGGCGCUCCAUUCUUUAGUGUUAUUUUUCUCACUUAAUACUCUCCAGUUACUUUAGAGGAACAACGUUGUGUACGUCGUAGAAUUAUCCCCGUGUAAGAUUUGUAGCUGUUGUGAGUAAACCUUUCAGUUUAAGAGAAACCCAGAUAUUGUUAUGUAUGAAAAUCUGUCAUAGCAAAGUGUACUGUUUGAAUGGAGCAGCUUUGUCUGAUUACUUAACAUGGCUAAUUGACAUUGACUUGUGUUUUGGUGUGAGAAUCAAUUUUUGGGAUCAGAAACUUUCAUCUAAUACUUUCCCCCCCUUAUUCAAAGCACUCAGUGGGAUGACAGAAAAAAAACUAUUUUGAACCCUCAGAGUGACUUAAUGUAGUAGUGUGGUCCAACAGUUAGCUGGGAAAGGGGGAAGGAAAUGAGAACAACUCAACUCUUGUUUUUGUACUUUGUAGAAAGUGCAUGCCUUUUCCUUCUCGCUGCUUUUCCCUGAUUAUUUUCUCUCGCAUUCAGUGAGCAAGAUCAAGGGCAAGUUAAAAGUAGGGGAAUAUUCCAGAAAGAGUCCUUUAGGUCUGACCAUCACGCUUGCUUUCCACCUCUGAUAAGCUUUUUGACAUGGGCCUGCAUUCCCUCAAAUGUGUCUCAGCAUUAAGAUCAGCUCUGUCCUGCUUACUUUCAGUGGAGCAGUGAUUUCAAUACUAACAUAGUUUGGGGAAACCAGGCACUGGGUAUGUGUGUAUGUGUGUGUGAGGUGAGGUAAGGUCUCCCCCUGGUGUUUGCCUCGUCACUGUGUCUACUUCUUAUGUCAUGUUUGUAGCCCUGGUGACCGUUCUGUUCAAUAAAAAUCUGACCAUGUAACCAAACA